AUGCAUACUAUAAUUGAGAUUCUGACAGAGAAUACUGUUUUAGAUUUCCAAAAAGAAAUCACACUAUCACAAGGCCUAAACUUCAGAAUGAAAUCUCUGCUGAUCCUUGUCUCAUUUCUCGUCAUGGCGUGCUAUUGUUUUGACGAUGAAAACAUCAAUUCUAUUCUUGAAAAUAUGAAAAACCUACAAAAUGAUCCUGAAGCUAUGAAUAAGAUGUCAGAAAAGUUGAUCAAACACAUCAGUAAAAAUCAGAAAAUGGGUAAACAUCCUGACAGGUUUCCAGUGGCAGGAACCAUUAUAAGAAUGACAGAACCACAAGAUACUGCGCCGACUCCGAAUUCGGACAAAAUUAGAACGAUUCGUGCGUAUUACAAGUUGUGUCAAAAGCCAGAAAAUCGCUGUAUUGUUUUAAGAGACAAAACUUUCUUCAACACACUCCCCACUCUCCUCAAAGACGACAGUUCAGACGUUAUUCGAUACACAGUAAAGAUUCUCGUCCUGCUCACCGAACAAUCUGAGAACAUCGAACAACUUCUGAAGUCCGCAGAACUAUUGCCAUCUUUAACAGAAGCUUGUGAAAACAUCACAAAUCCGAGUGUAAACUACAAUCUCGUUCUCAUCUCCAGUCGUAUUCGAGCAGUCAAAAAUUCAUUAGAAGCAAGAAAAGCAGUGGCCGCCGAGAGAGAACCAUUAGCAGACGCAGUGAAAGAGCUUGAUAAGGGCGGCACUCUCCAUCGAAAGUUCGUGGGACGAAAAUCGAAACAAAUAAUGAUGGAAUUCGAUGCGGAUGAGUUUGACGAGCAGAAGAAACGAGAAGUGGAGAAAAAUCUUCUAAAGAAGAAAGGGGUGAUCAGUGUCUAUAUAACAGAAAAUAACGGAAUCCCACGUGCAGUUCUCCGAACAAUUCCCACAAUUGAGGCUAAAGAAAUUGCUGUGGUUGUAUUCAGUGCUGGCCUGGAAUACGCUGCGCAAAUACUAAAAGUGGAAGACGGCGGAGAAGAGAAAUUUGAGAUGUAUGCUUCGGAAAUUCAGAAAGGAGGAGGUCCGAAAGAUUAUCCGGAAUAUCUAGAUGAUGAAAUGCUUCACGUAGAUCCGACAAGUUGUGUGAUAACUAACGAAAUGGCUAAUCAUGGUGCUGGGCAAGAAGGCGGAUGGUUUAGUUCGAUCACAUCUUUUGUGAAAACUUCAUUCUGGUAA